AAGUCAUAAGAAAAUGAGAAUAUAUUUAAUAAUCGAAACCUUGUAGGACAUAAAUAACAAUUGUAACAUUAUUUAAAAUUCUUCUUAGAAUCGAAUAAUUUAUAUUAUCAAAUAAUAUAAUCGUCGUUGACUUAGACCUAUAGGUCAAUGAUGUUAUCUCCCUAUAAAUACAGAAACUUAACGAUCAGUUGGAACACAAACAUUCAUUGUGGUAACAACUUGAAAAUGAAGAUUAAUAUUCAUUUUAUAUUUUUUUCCUUAUUUCUUAUAACAUUAUUUGAAAACGCCCAGAGUGGUUUAGUUAUAGGCUUUGUCGAAAAGAUUCACGAUUCAAUUCACAAAGUUCACGAGGAUGUUCAUAAUUUGUUCAGACCAAAGGAAAAUAAUAAUAAAAAUCUGUCAAGUGAUGGCUAUCAGAGAGAAAAUCAAGAUAAUAAGCCUCCUAGUACCGUUGCGACUAAUAUAAAACAAGACAACAAUGAGAAAAUAAUAUUUGCCGAUGUUGAUGAUACAAGAAAUGAGAAAAGUAUGAAUAACAAUAAUUCCAUUGUUACUCCAGCUGACAUCGGCCUAUGGACAACUACAGAUAAAACGGGUACAACUGAAGAGGUUCUGAUUUUUUCUUCUUCCCCUACAACACCUUCACCUUUGUCAACAACAACGAAGAAGGAAGGAAGAGAAAAUUUUGCAGCAGGAUGUUCCACUGGCUAUAAACGUACACCAGAUGGUAGAUGUAAGCCAACAUUUUAAGCCAUGAUGUUUUAAAAUAUGAAAUGUGAUUUUUUCCAAUAAAAGUUAUUUAAUUUAAUUAAA